GAGAGGAAUAAAAAGGACGGGCAUUGCUUCCCUCAGUCCACCUCGCUCGCUCCUCAGAUCUAAUCAUUAUUUAAUCCUUUUCACCUCCAGCGCCUCGCCACAUGAGCGCUCCUCCCUCCUCCUCCCCCUCCCCCGCUCCGAUCCCCCAGCCCGCCGCAACCCUAGCCCCCGCCGGCAUGGGCGGCGCGGCGGCGGACGACGACUCCUCCGGCUCGCCGCCGUCGCGGAUGUCGGACGACGACGACGACGACGGCGGCGGCGGGGCGGGAGGCGGCGACAGGUGGGCGCCGGAUCUGAGGGGCUGCGGCAACGGCGGGAGGUGGGCGCCGCCGGACCAGGUGCUGGAGAACGUGCUGGAGAGCGUGCUCGAGUUCCUCACGGCGGCGCGCGACCGCAACGCGGCCUCGCUCGUCUGCCGCUCCUGGUACCGCGCCGAGGCGCAGACGCGCCGCGAGCUCUUCAUCGGCAACUGCUACGCCGUCUCGCCGCGCCGCGCCGUCGAGCGCUUCGGGGGCGUGCGGGCCGUCGUGCUCAAGGGGAAGCCCCGCUUCGCGGACUUCAGCCUCGUGCCCCACGGCUGGGGCGCCUACGUCUCCCCCUGGGUCGCCGCGCUCGGCCCCGCCUACCCGCGCCUCGAGCGCAUCUGCCUCAAGCGGAUGACCGUCUCCGACGACGAGCUCGCGCUCAUCCCCAAGUCCUUCCCGCUCUUCAAGGAGCUCUCGCUCGUCUGCUGCGACGGCUUCACCACCCGCGGCCUCGCCGUCAUCGCCGAGGGCUGCCGGCAUCUUCGGGUACUGGAUCUGACUGAAGAUUAUUUCCAUGAGGAGGAGAGCGAGGUGGUGGAUUGGAUCUCCAAGUUUCCAGAGAGCAACACGUCGCUGGAAUCGCUUGUAUUUGAUUGUGUUAGUGUCCCAUUCAACUUUGAGGCCCUGGAGGCACUUGUUGCACGCUCACCAGCUCUGCGUCGUCUGCGCGUCAAUGAUCAUGUGUCGAUAGAGCAGUUGCGUCGUCUCAUGGCAAGGGCACCCCAUCUAACUCACCUUGGCACUGGAUCAUUCCGAUCUGAGCCAGGCCCUGGGGGUGCUUUGUCUGUGUCUGAGCUCGCUACCUCUUUCGCAGCGUCCAGAUCACUUGUUUGUUUGUCAGGUUUCUUGGAUGCCAAUGCAGCAUACCUCCCAGCAAUCUACCAAGUUUGUGCCAAUCUCACUUCCCUCAAUUUUAGCUUUGCGGGUCUAACUGAUGAAGAGUUCAUACCAGUUAUUCGCCACUGCGUCAAUCUUCGCACUUUAUGGGUUCUUGAUACUGUGGGUGAUGAAGGCCUUAGGGCUGUGGCUGAAACAUGCUCAAAUCUCCGUGAGCUACGUGUUUUUCCUCUGGAUGCCACUGAGGAUUCUGAGGGCUCAGUCUCAGAUAUUGGUCUCCAGGCAAUCUCAGAAGGCUGCCGAAAGCUCGAAUCAAUUCUCUACUUUUGCCAGCGCAUGACAAAUGCAGCAGUAAUUGCUAUGUCCGAGAACUGCCCUGACCUUUUGGUGUUCCGCCUCUGUAUUAUGGGCCGCCACCGCCCUGAUCGGAUUACCGGGGCGCCCAUGGAUGAGGGUUUUGGGGCGAUUGUGAUGAACUGCAAGAAGCUCACCAGACUCUCAGUCUCUGGCCUGCUCACUGAUAAGGCGUUUGCAUACAUUGGGAGACACGGAAAACUCAUAAAGACUCUGUCUGUUGCCUUUGCUGGGAAUAGUGACAUGUCUCUUCAGCAUGUGUUUGAGGGGUGCACUAGGUUGCAGAAGCUCGAGGUCAGAGAUAGCCCUUUUGGCGACAAAGGAUUGCUCUCUGGCCUGAACUAUUUUUACAACAUGAGGUUCUUUUGGAUGAACUCAUGCAGGCUAACUGUGAAGGGUUGUGGGGAUGUAGCUCAGCAAAUGCCUAAUCUGGUGGUUGAAGUAAUGAAGGAAAAUGAAGGGGAAAUGGAUACCGUUGAUAAGCUGUACCUGUAUCGAUCGUUGGCAGGACCAAGGGAAGAUGCUCCAUCAUUUGUCAACAUCUUGUAGUACUGCCAUUGAAGAAGUUUGUUGUACGGUCAUGUUUGUUCUACUAUUCCCGAUCAUUGCUGUUGUAUUCCUGUUCAAGUAUUCCAGAGCCAGAGAGGAAGCUCCCCGCGGAUGAUUUUGAAUUGUGGGGAAUUGAAUGCAUCAUUUAAUUAAGCAAACCAUCAAUUAUUCUUCUCUGGGCUGAUUGUGUCGAGACUUGAACCUGUACGAGGUUUCUUUGAUGUAUGUACCUUGGUGAGGCAUCUCAUCUUGUGAGUCACUGUAUUCCCAAUGGAAUCUGAGUUAUUUUCCUGGCCAGCACCAGACUGAUGCCUUUGUUGUACCGUAGUUGAGUUGUCGGAACCGAUUAGUGAUUGCACAGAGAUUGGCUGCAGGUCGACUCCAAUUCGGCAGCAGAGAUUUUACAUGGUUCCUUUUGCCCUCAAGUCUCCAGCCAUUGAUGUUUUGCCAUGUACUGUUCAGUCUAUCUGCUCAGACGAAGGAACGGCAUUAUCUAUGUUGCAAUGUUCCAUCAACUUUUUUGCCUUGUAUUUUAGAUUAUCCCAGCUACGAUAAAUUUUCUCUUCCCAUUUUUUAUAGUUUCCUCAACUUAUUUUUGUAGAUCAAUGUAGACCACUAUCACUUUUCCUGGUCACAACCUUCUGCUGUUAUUAAUCAAGAAGAUAUUGGAUGAUGAAAUUCAGUCAGCAUCAAUUUGUUACCA